GAGCUGACCGUGUGUGUGUCCGAGGCGUCGUGCUGCACCCUGGAGAUGGAGGCGGCGCUCCAGCGGCUGGUGCGCAGGGACUUCCAGGCGCUGCUGCACCACAACUCCAGGUCGCUGGAGGGCCUGCUCGUCUCCGCCGCCAACACCAUACGAGAGCACGUGCUGGAGCUGCUGCGGCAGUCGGAGAACAAGACGGCGUCGCUGUUCGAGCAGCAGUACCGGCUGAUCUCGCGGCAGGCGCGCGACCCCGUGUCUGCGCUGUACGCGACGCUGGGCGGCCACCUGGAGGCGCCGCUGCAGCCGAGCGCGGGCGCCAGCGCCCCGGGGCCCGCCGCCGACCUGGAGGAGGCCGUCACCGACAUGUUCGCCGGCCUCUUCCCGCUCGUCUACCGGCACGCCGUGUCCAAGGCGCGCGACUUCGCCGCCGACUACAAGGCGUGCCUGCGCGAGGUGGCGCCCGAGCUGCAGCCGUUCGGCGACGCGCCGCGCCAGCUGGCCAGGUCGGUGCAGCGCGCGCUGGAGGCGGCCAGGGUGCUGCGCCAGGCGCUGCUGCUGGGCGCCGAGGUGCUCAACGCCACCGACUCGCUGCUCACCGGCGAGAACGGCCCGCCAGGUGGAGCGGCGGCCCAGGCGCAGUGCCACGCGGCGCUGCUCCGCAUGUCGUACUGCUCGCGCUGCCACGGGCUGCAGCGGCGCGUCCGCCCCUGCGCCGGGCUGUGCCUGAACGUGCUGCGCGGCUGCCUGACGCAGCACGCGGCCGAGCUGGACCUGCCGUGGAACGGAUACGUCGAGGCUGCUGAGAGGCUCGUCGUCGCUGUCCAGGGCCACGGCGCCGUCGACGACGUGCUGCGCUCGCUCGACGGACGCAUCACCGAGGCCAUCAUGAUCGCCAUGGUGCCCGCGCCCAACCUCGAGGAAAAGGUGAAGCGGUCUUGCGGGCCGCACAAGUGGGACGAGAGCUCGUCGGAUAGCUCAGAGGGCGAAGAGGAGGAGGAGGAGGAGGCGGGGGAGGCAGCGGGCGGCGGAGCCCCGCGGCAGCUCGCCAGCGGCCAGAGCGAGGUGCUCGGCGUCACCCUCACGCAGGGCCACAUCACUACUGGGUCGGGCCAGGACACUCUGUCCUCGAAGCUGCAGCACUUCCUCACCAGCCUGACGAGGAGCCGCGGCUUCUACGCCAACCUGGCCGAGUCGCUGUGCUCCGACGAGAGCUUCGCCGAGACCAGGGACACGGCCGACUGCUGGAACGGCCAGCGCGUCGGAGAGUACACGAAAACUGUGGUGGCUUCAAGUGUGACUGCACAGAAGUAUAAUCCUGAACUGACAUGGACUCCAUACAACCCCGAUGCACGAAUUGCCGAGCUCAGUGACAAACUGAGGCAUAUAAAGCAGGUUGUGGUAAGCCAAUUGACAGAAACACCUCCAGCACUCUCCUUCACUCACUACGAAGAGGGAAGUGGAAGUGGACAGGAGCCAGGUGGAGGCUGGGAUGCAGAACAAGAUGGAGGAUGGCGAGAUGAUGGCUCAGGUUCUGGAGACAUACCAAUUGUAGGUGGAGGAGCAGGAGGAGUGGAUACUAGUUCAACAGAUCAUGCAGUACAUGUCUCACCAGGUGAAGGAAGAGAUGAAAAGAAAGCUGAUUCGGGAGCUGAUACUGUAUUCUCCUGCAGUCUUCUGCUCAUUGUCUUUGGUGCAACAGCAGCAACAUCAUAUAUAUAUGAUGGUUAGAUGUGUCUGUAUACCGAUACUCCAGCUAUCAAGAAGCCUGGGUUCCCAUCAGUUCACGCAUCACCAACUCACAUCCAGUUGUGACAUCUUCUGAAAACACUGGUCAACUAUUAAAACACUGACUGUGUUACAUUGUGUGAAAUUAGUGUAUGUACUGAAUCAUUGUGACUGAGAAAAAAAUGCAGCCUGCACAGUGCAAGCUUAUGAUAUAAAAGAGAUUUAUAUAUAUUCAUUAUUUCUUCAUAUAUUAACAAAUUAAUAUCAACCAGUCUUUAAAAUUAUAUUGUGGUUGCAAUUGUUUGUUAAUAUAUGAACAUAAUAAACAUAGUUACACUGUGAAUGAUGGCCAAUAUGGUUUCAAAAGAUGUUUAUUUUUGGUUCACAAAUUAUGUCUGUGCCCCUGCAUCUAAACUUUUGUACUUAAACAGUACACUGUAUUUGUGCACAACAUAAAAUGCUAUUAGUUUUGUUUUUCACAAAAUCAUCUUUCUAACUAUGAAAACUUAACAUCAUUUAAGGAGUUCUGAAUCGGUACACCAUUAUCGUUGUUAACAUAAAUUCCAUUGUGGUCCAUCAGAUUGAGAAGCUGAAACCGGACUGCUUCAUUAGCACCUUGGCUUGGUGAUGACUAGGCAUUUUUAUACACUCAUUCAGUGAAUAAAUGCAUUCAAACACUGCAGAAAUCAUUUUCACAGAUCAACAUACAGCACUAGCCCAUCGUUGUUUAAGGGAUGCUUCACAGCAAAAGAAUAAAUAGUCAGCACAUAAAUGACAGCUCUCAUAAAAGGCACAAGAGGCUGAUGUUAUCAUGUAAUACAGUGUUCAAAACAAAAUAAUGUUUUACAGUCAUUGAAGGAUUACAAAAAUAGUAUCAUUCUGUUAGAGGUAUGUAAAAAAUCAUCACUAAAUUCAUUGACUCUGGAAGUGUUUUCAAGUGCUUUAAUUACUCAAUGUUUCAUUCAUAGAUUUUGGCCAUACAUUUUGUCUUCAGAACCCUGCUUUCAAUUUCCACCUUUCAGUGCAUAGCUGACAUUUCCAUUUAGACACAUAAAUUUUCAUGGUUGAUAUAACAUGAGACUAACAUAUCUAGGAAGAAUGUUAUUGUGUGUGGAUGAGUGGUAGUGUGUUAAAUACUUGUGUAUUCUAAAAAUCACAGUUAUGCGGUUAUACAGUGAAGUUUCACUGUAAGUUUAAAACAGAAAUGUAUCACACAAAUUGAAAGGCACAAUUAAACUUGCUCAUUAUUUGGGGUACAAAAUCCAUAACAGUUGCACAGGGACAAUCUUCUCUUGAUUCUUUCACCCAGAACAGGCUGUCAUAUCUUCACCCUAAUUAUGUGAGCAGCAGAAGCUGUUUAAAUUGUUUACAUACUUACAUAAGUUUACAGCAUUGUGACAUAAAUCAAGGAGACAAAGUGACCAAAAAAAAAAAAAAAAAAAAAAAAAAAAAAAAAAAAAAAAAAAAAAAAAAAAAAACAAACCAUGACCAUGUUAUGAAUUACAGAGCUAUUGAUUUCUGAGUGUUUUUGUUUCCCUCCUGGGUAAAUCACCGAACUUCUUUUUCUGUGUGUUGGUUAUAUAAAUGUAGAUGUUGAAGAGAUAAAGUACUGACCCCUCUUAUACAUCUUGAAAAUGAUACUUCUACUCAUGAAACCAAUAUUAUUUUACACAAAUGUGCAGAUUCGAUGAAAGAAAACAAACAAAAAUUUUAUGGAAAAAUCUUGUGUUAUUGUCUUACAUGCAUUUCCUUACAAAAUUAUUGAGUGACAUGGAACAGAAUGGGCAAUGAAUCUCAUUAAGUUGAGCGCUAAAAUUUUAGUAGGAUGGUAUCAUGAAAUUUCUCUUAUGUAUAGAACAUAUCAUAUAUGUUCAUAUCAUUUACACAUGUAAGAGAGAAGUAUUUUGCUCUCUUAAGCUUCAACAAAUAGUUCUUAAUUACUGUCCCAGUAAUCAGAAAUGAAAAUGGAAAGACUAUCUCAUGGACUGGUAUGUUUUAUACAUACUUGUUCAGCAUUAUAAUUUUCAGCGGACAGUAAUGCAACUUAAGCAUCCAGAAGGGGAAAAAAGUUUCUGUGAGAAUGCAAAAUAAGAAGAAAACAAGUGUGACUCUGUCUCUCCUUCUUCUGUACUUCAGCUACUAGGUCUUCGCCUGUUACAGUGCAAUAACUCCUAGGUACAAAAGUCUAAGUGAAAACUUAACAUAAACAUGGAAAAAUUGAAGAGGAUGAUGUUCAGUUCCUCUUGCAAAAGAAAUUUUAGGUAUCCCACAUCAGCAAAAGCGAUCACUUAGUUGCUGUUGUCACACAUAUUACAUUGUGUAUUUGUAUUUGAGAAUUUUAAUGUACUCAUUAUUUUUAAUGUGCCUUUCUUUCUUCUCAUUAAUAAUGCAGUAAAAAGUGAGAGGUCUGCUUUUUUACACUUUUUAUGCACAUACUGUUACUAUUGAAGUUAUUGAUUUCUUUUAUUCAACUAUGAUGGUUAUUCUUUUCAAGCUGUGAUAAAAAUGAAACAUAGCAGGGUGACCCAAGUUUAAGCAGCAUAUUUGUUCCAUAAUAAUACAGUUUAUGUGGUGUAAUAUCUAGUACUUCCAAUAACUGUCUUUAAAAUGGGUUUGAAAAUCUGUUGAAGACUUGCAGAAAAUUUCCUACGUGGAACAGUUAUUCAAAAGCUUCAGACUAAAACAGCAUGAUUCUCAGUAUUUUGAUCCCAUCAUAGUGAAUUUACAAAGGCCAUUUAGGAUAGUUUGGUAGAAGAAAAUACUGAAUAGAGAUACCAACCAGCAAAUGGUGUUAAUAAGUUCUUUGAUAUUUAAAUAUAACUGUAUCAAAAAAUUAUUUGUAUACAGCAUUUUCUACUCUGUUUGACUUGUUGGGGGCUCUUUUUUUUUUUUUU